AUGAUAGUUGCGUCUAACGCGGCCAGGGGGACCUCGAAUAAGGCAUUAAUUAAGAAAGUAAUUGGGUUAGUUGUUGUUGUAGCCGUGUGUGUAGUGGUUGUUAUUGUUGUCUCAAACGUUUUAAAAACCUUUGGAGAUUCUGAUGACGAUUCACGGGAGGGAAGGAAAUUUGAAGGUGAGUCGUUGUUUAAAGCAAAUUUAAAGUCAAAUUGUUUUACAACAAACACCUCGGAGCUUUUUCUCUACCACCAGUCAUCCCUGCCAUUCCUGCCAUGGGAGCGAAGAAGCGAGACUAGGAACGAGUUCGCUACUCAAGUUUGCAAGCUCAUUCGCCCGCCAAAAUGCAUAUUCAAGCGUCCUGCACAUGAUUGACAACAAGCCAGUUAAUAAUUCGCUUCAUUGUCAGAAAAAACUAACUUGCCAUUUUUUCCCCCUGCAAAGCUCGUGUCCUGACAAACAAUGAAGCGGUUGGUAAUUACGGCCCCACAAUUCUUAAAUACCAUGGUGUUCUGAAGCAUGAAGUGAAGGUUUCUUCAGAACAUCGGGGAAUUCAGCUCUGGACUGUUCCCACUUCCGGUAUCUGGUCAAUUGAAGCUCGUGGGGCCUCUGGCGCUGAUGGGAUUCUUGCCGGCGGAUCCGGAAAUAAAAGACGUGGAGGAUACGGGGCCAUUGUAAAGGCAAAGUUUCAAUUACACAAAGGAAAAAUACUCAAGAUUCUAGUUGCACAUGAGGGGUUACGUGAUUACAGGGAAGCGCAUCGUCCUGGAGGAGGGGGUGGUGGAACGUUUGUAGUGAAUCAAGAUGGUAGACCGCUGAUCGUUGCUGGUGGAGGAGGUGGUGGCGGCCUCCCCAAAGGAGGUAAUAACGUUUUGUUUUGCAAUUGACAACAAUAAAAACGAUAAAGAAAUAAAAUGUAAAAACCGUGGACGAAGAUCCUGCUGGUUGUCAAUGUUAAUUGGAUCUCCAGAAAAGAGAUUUAAUCAGCUGUUUUGUGUUGCGACAUUCUCCAUCUAUAUAAUCUUGUAACUCCUACCGAAAAAUUUAGUAACAACUGUAUUACCUGAAGAAGGCUGGACUGGCCAGUCGAAAUAUCGCUUGAAGUACGUUUUCAAUACACGUUGUUAUCAGCGUUGCAGUAGUCUUUGGACUCCUCGUUUUUUGUAAAGAAUAAAAACGUUUCUAACUGACUGAAGUCAUUUAAAACUGUUUGCAGAUCUAGUCUCAUUUACUGGCAAACAAGAAGAAAGUGUGGCCCAGACCAGGCCCCAUUGAGCAUUUGAUCAUUAAUUUAUUUUUAUAUCACCAGCACUAAUUCACUGCAUUGUUUUUUAGAGCACAUAGAACGAGCACAGCACAUUUCUGCUGAAGAUGGGCUGUACUGUCCUUUGCAGAUCAGACAUUUAGAUUUAGAUUUAGAAGUGACCAAAAUAAUAUGAGCGUUUUAUACACAAAUGGCACAAAUGUCGAUGAUGUAUGCAUUAAUUAAUGAUAACUCAAAAUUGAUAACUCUAUAGCAAAAAAAGCAUAUUUAUGAAUGAACGACGUCGAGAGUGAUACCUCAGAUCAGGUUUAGUUUUCCAGAAUUUUCAAAAUCUUGCCUUUUCAUAUUUUAAUUUUCAGCUUUUCGUCAAACACGUGGUGGAGGAGGCCGAAGGAAGGAUGAGCCGUCGUCCUUGGUCAGCGGUAGUGAGGGUUCUGGCGGGAAACUCCUGGACACAAGCAACGGAAGCGAGACAGUUAUUACACAUUCCACUGGACACCACAAAGUGAUCGCGGGAGCAGGAGGAGGAAUGUACAGUAGUGGCGCUGGCUAUGAUAAAAAUUGGGGCGGAAAAAGCUUUCUUGAGGGAGGAAAAGGUGGAGAAGCAAAACCAACCGCCACAGAAGUAUUUCCACACGGAAGCAUGGGUCUAGGAGGAUUUGGUGGGGGUGGUGCUGCGGGGUUGUUGCCCGGCGCAGGGGGAGGGUACUCGGGAGGGGGUGUAAAAGGUUGCUUUCUGCAAUGUAAUGGUAAUGACGGCGGAACGGCUGAAGGAGGAAGCUCGUAUGUUGACAGUCAGGGAAUCUCUCCCUCGUAUAAGGAAGAUAAAAACAAAGGUCCUGGAAGAGUUUACUUAAGACUAAUGGCUGAAGAUGUUGAGGAAACAUAA